AUGCCUGGGAGCAUGUCAUACAACGAUUCAGUACAGCCAUUGCGCGUCUCCAGAGAUUCCACAAUGUCGUCACCCACCAAGAUGGGUGGCGUCCCUCGUGCCCUCACAGAGAUCUCCCCCAGCGAGAAGAGGAGAAACUCUCCUAGCUGGAACCAGACAUCAAAGAAGAUGAACUUCCAGCAAGAUUCCUCGCCCUUCCAGUCUUCACCCGUCGACCCUACCAAGAGUUCCACUUUUGACUCGUCUCAGUCGAGCGAGCCUCCUCAGACUCCCAAGAGGGAGAACGCCUCGCCCAUCAAGUCUUCCCUCUCAACCUCGCGGUUCAAGAGCAGCUUUGAUGAGGCGACGGGCUCUUGGGUCCCCGACUUGGAGCCCAUUGGCUCUCGCUCUCUACACAGACACACCAAGAGCGUAACAUUUGAUAACGGCCCGCCGCAGGUGAAUGAGUACGAGAUGGCGACCCCGGAUCUUUCCUCUAUCGGCUCAAACUCUCGCGAGGGAAGCUAUGACUCUGAAGAGGAUGAUGAGUACAACCCGCUCUAUCACCCUCACUACGAUGGUGACGAUGUUGAGGACAGCUUUGAUGCCUCCCUCGAGGACACCGAUAAGACACCCGUUUCGGGGACUGCCAUCGCCCCCACGGCGGCCGACUCCAAGGCUGAGACACAAAACAUCGGCAACGGCAAGAUGACGCUCGAGGAACGCUUGAAGCUCAUGAUGUUGUCAGACGACAGCAAUGCCACCAAGUCCCCAACCAAGACUGCCGCUGAACUUCAGCGAGAACGGCGCAUGCGUCGAGCUGCCCCCAGGGAUAGGUUCGGAAGCCCUGCCUCAGAGGCUGAUACUGCUAGCCAAGCCGCUCUCGAGGCCGAGGAAGAGGAUGAUGUUAUUGGCGAUCUCUCUGGCCUUGAAGAGUAUCAAUUGCCUCCCCGCAUUUCUCGCGAGUCUAUCUUGCGCAGGGUGAAUGGCAAUCGGGCUUUUGAGAGGGAAUCCGACUAUCACUUCUCUUCUCCAGCUCCAUCAAGUCCCGAGCGCGUCCUUCCUCUCGACCCUGAUGUGCCUAUUCCUUCCACCGAAGAAGAUUCCAUCCUCGAGGAUGAUGACAAUGAGGGUAGUGUCAUUGUGCGGCGCGACCUAGCUGAACGCGAGGACUCGUAUCCGUACCGCGAGAUGUCGGAGAUGUCGAUUGCUCGCCAAGUGGAGGAGGAGCUCGUCAUUCACGAGGACAAGGAUGACGACUCGGGCAGCCACUACUCGGAGAGCGCCGGCUCCUUCGAUGCCAAAGAGCAGCAGGUUGAGUACCGUCCAGAAGAUGACGACCCAACUCCCCAUGCCAGUCCCAUCGAAGAGAGGAUCCCCACUUUCGAGCCCACUACAGAGAGCGUUCCCAGCCCCAGCCUCAACGGUCCCCCGGUUUACGACGGUUCUGGAUGGGGUGAGCCUGAGGAGUAUGAAGACGACGAAUCGGCGACUGGCUCGGUGAUUCACCAUCCCGUCGACUAUGAGGACGAGGAGGGAUAUCCUGAGGAAGUAGAAGAGGAGGAGGAAGAGGAGGAGGAGGAGGCCCCUCCUACUCCCGAGAUUCCUGAGCAACUAGCCACCAUCAAGUCAUCUUCCGGCUCCAAGCUCAGGACCCGACCGUCCGCGACCCCAUCCGACCUUAUGGCCAUGCGUGAGGCCAGGCGACAGGUCAGCCGCGAGAUUGCUCCAUUGGUUCCUCCCAUUCCUGAUCGCCAUCUCAACCGCCGCUCUCAGGAGAUUGACCCCGGUCUAUCCAGCAGCACCGACUACAUGGAGAGGCACCCCAGCUUUAAGAAGCGCAGCCUCACGCUAGACCUUGACUUGGGCCUGAGUCUUGAUCAAGAUUUCGACAGACGUGGCUACCUGAUGCGCCAGAACACGAAGCUCGUCGCGGCGAGCGACAAGGAGUCGGACGACAGCUGGAGGACUCGAUCGGCGGGCCAUGAGAGUAAUGCCCUGGGCCUGAACACCGUCACCGAAGAUGACUACAAUGUGGACUUUGCCACUACGGAUAGCGGUGAGAGGGGUCGAUUGUUUAUCAAGGUCAUGGGCGUCAAGGAUCUCGAUCUCCCCAUUUCCAAAACUGAGAGGACCUGGUUCAGCCUUACGCUGGAUAACGGCGUGCACUGCGUGACCACUGCCUGGCUGGAGCUUGCGCGCAAUGCUCCCAUCGGCCAGGAGUUUGAGCUUGUCGUCCCCAACGACCUCGAGUUCCAGCUCACGCUCAAUGUCAAGCUAGAGAAGCCCGCGCCGGUUCCCAUUGCUUCUUCUCCCACCAAGGCUACCAAAGCCCCCAAGACGAAGACUUCGACCUUUGGACGUAUGUUUACCUCGCCCAAGAAGCGCAGAGAGAUGGAGAUGAGGCAGCGCGAGGAGGAGCAGCGACUCGCCAUGCAGCGGGAUGCUCAGACUCGCCAGGUCAACGCCGCGCCCACGGUAUACGAUCUCCUCUCGCCCCUUGUGGCCGAGGAUGGCAGCUUUGCUCGCUCGUACGUGUGCCUCAAGGAACAUGAGUCGAGGUGCUUUGGCCGCCCUUACCUCGCCGAGGUUGCCUGCUUCAACGAAUGGGCUACCGAAGAGGCCGGCUUCGCUUCCAGCGUCAAGAGCAAGCGAGGCACCACUGCCGUCGUGAGGCGCGCCCCUUACAAGAUCGGCAAGCUAGAGCUCCAGCUUCUCUUUGUGCCGCGUCCCAAGGGCGUGAGCGACGAGGACAUGCCCAAGAGCAUGAACUCUUGCAUCCGCGAGUUGAAGGCGGCCGAAGAGCGCCUCUCUCGAAACUGGGAAGGCCAUCUCAGCCAGCAGGGUGGUGAUUGUCCCUAUUGGCGUCGCCGUUACUUCAAGCUCGUCGGUGCCAAGCUGACGGCGUACCACGAGGCGACCAGGCAACCUCGUGCUACCAUCAAUCUAGGCAAUGCCCGACGUCUCAUUGACGACAGGCGCACGCUGACAGAGAAGGAGACGAUGGGCAAGGGAGGCAGACGUCGGCGAUCUGCCUUUGCCGAAGAGGAAGAGGGCUACAUGUUUGUGGAGGAAGGGUUCCGCAUCCGCUUCAACAACGGAGAGGUGAUUGACUUCUAUGCGGACACUGCGGAAGACAAGGAGGGAUGGAUGAGGGUGCUCGGCGAGCUCGUUGGCCGCGGCGACUCAUCCAACGUCGAUGAGGAGGGGCCGCGACGAAACAAGUGGUGCGAGCUGAUCCUUAAGCGCGAAGAAUCCCUUCGAAAGCGCGCCGAGGGUCGCCGGGUGCACUCGAGGACGAAGAGCAUGUACCUGUAA